GGAAGGCUAGUUGUAAGCGUGGCCACUGGUUUACGGUGAUGAAACCGAAAGAAAAACAUUCAUUACAUGUACAUUCACCUUACUCGCAAUAACAAAUGUAUUCAGAAUUAGAAAAAUCCCAGAAAGAAGCCUUCAAGCUCGACAUCUCCAUCCCCGUAUAGCAAAAAGGGAUACGAUUUUCAACUGCAAAACCAAUCCGACCGUGUGAGCUUUUGAAGACUGGAGAGGGAGGGGGAAGAGAAAAGGGGGGUGCAGUUGGUGAGACCAUUUUUGUCCUGGCGGAUAUUUUGGAUAGGGCGCCGCUGGAGUCUCAUUGAACGAAGGAGUUGGAUUUUCUUCAUUCAUUUACGGAAACCAACGUUCACGAAGCUCCGAACCUGGCCCCCGAUUGUCUUCCACGCCCAGCGGAUUCAUAAUUGAUUGAAUGAAAUUUGGAAUACUUGUUUGGGGAAUUUGUGCAUCUGUAAGCUGGUACCUUUGGCUGAGUGGCUCGCUAAGCUAAGUGUGCGUUCCUCCUGGUUUUUCAAGAAAUGGAGGCUGAAGAUGCGGAUUGCCAUCAGUCGAGUGGAAUCUGUGACUCGUGUUUUUUGUUAGCCACCGAUACAUCUUUAUAUCGUUGGCAAGAAUAACACAGUUUAAACCUUUGUUUUUUUUUGUUUGUUUUUUGUUUGCCUGGAAAGAUUAACUUAAUUUUGAGGGAUUUGGUAGACUCGAUGCAAUUCUACAUUAGCUAGCUACAGAAUUUUUACGCCGAUUUGGGUAGUUUGUCUCGACUAGCUAACCAAUUGAAGGAGUAGCCAGCUAACUUGGAUUUAUAUUUCACUUUUUGGGAAAUUGGAAGUCUCCAUCUGUGACUGUUCGUUCUGCGGAAAGGACAAUUGUGGGUUCUGUAAUUUAUUUCUAUUUUUGGAAACGUACUUAAUUUAACAGGAAUGAGGUCUCGGACAGAAAGGGAUCAUUUGACCUUGUUUUGGGGUCUGUUGCUGUCUGUCUACACGAUCUGCCUACUACCAGCUAAUGGAGAAAUCUGUGGUCCGAGUAUCGACAUCAGGAAUGACAUCAGCGAGUUCAAGAGGCUGGAGAACUGCACUGUGGUCGAGGGCUACCUGCAGAUCCUGCUCAUCGGCGACAAGACCAACAACCUCAACCAAGAAGUCUUCCGCACCCUCAGCUUCCCCAAACUGACCAUGGUCACGGACUACCUGCUCCUGUUCCGCGUGUCGGGCCUCGACAGCCUCAGCGUGCUCUUCCCCAACCUGUCCGUCAUCCGGGGCCGCAACCUCUUCUACAACUACGCCCUGGUGAUCUUCGAGAUGACCAGCCUGAAGGACAUCGGCCUCUACAGCCUGCGCAACAUCACCCGCGGCGCCAUCCGGAUUGAGAAGAACCCGGAGCUCUGCUACCUGGACUCGGUCGACUGGUCGCUCAUCAUGGACGCCGAGUUCAACAACUUCAUCGCCGGGAACAAGCAGUCGAAGGAGUGCGGGGAUGUCUGUCCCGGGAUCAUGGAGGACAAGCGCCAUUGUAUCAAGACCAGUUUCAACGACAACUACAGCUCCCGGUGCUGGACGUCCAACCACUGCCAGAAAGUGUGCCCUGCGGAGUGUGACGGGCGUGCCUGCACAGAGUCGGGGGAGUGCUGCCACGUGCAGUGCCUGGGCAGCUGCUCGGAGCCGGGCAGCGACUCCGCGUGCUCGGCCUGUCUGCACUUCCACCACGAGGGCCGCUGCGUGCCCGCCUGCCCGCCCGACACCUACAGCUUCGAGGGCUGGCGCUGCAUCACCAUGGACGUGUGCGCCCUGGUGCACCUGCCCAACGACUUCGACCGCUUCGUCAUACACGAGGGCGAGUGCGUCCCCGACUGCCCCUCCGGCUUCACCCGCAACGAGAGCCAGAGUAUGUUCUGCAGUGCAUGUGACGGUCUGUGCGAUAAGAUCUGCGAUGACAAGAUCAUCGACUCUGUGGAUGCUGCGCAGUCGCUGAAGGGCUGCACUGUCAUCAAAGGCAACCUGCACAUCAACAUCCGCCGCGGCAAUAACAUCGCCUCGGAGCUGGAGAGCUUCAUGGGCCUGAUCCAGACGGUCACCGGGUACGUGCGCAUCAGCCACUCCCACACCCUGGGCUCCCUGUCCUUCCUCAAGAGCCUGCGAUACAUCAACGGAGAGGAACUGAUGGACUCAGCGUACUCGUUUUCCGCUCUGGAUAACCAGCACCUCCAGUACCUUUGGGACUGGACCCAGCACAACCUGACCAUCAAGGCUGGGAAGGUCCGGUUCCGUUUCAACCCCAAGCUAUGCGUCUCCGAGAUCCGCAAGAUGUGGGAAAAGACAGGAAUCGCAGAGAAGUUCGAGGAGGACCACUUCCCCAACAACGGAGACCGAGCGAGCUGCGAGAGUCACAUCCUCAAGUUUAAGUCCAACAGCACCAUGAGUAGCCGCAUCAUGCUGACCUGGGAGCGCUUCCGGCCACCUGACUACAGAGACCUUAUCACCUUCAGCGU